AUGGGCAAUAAUCACGACAACCGUGGCGGCUAUAACGGCAGGGGAAGAAAUCGGAGAGGUUGGAACAAAGGAGGCAGAAACAACGGCUGGCAGAAUGAAGGUAACCAGCAGAAUGGCAAUAACCAGAACAACGGCAAUAAUCAGCAGAAUGGUAACAACCAGCACAACGGUUAUAGCCAUUACAAUGGCAAUCACCAACAGAACCAGCAGAACCAGCGGAAUGGCAAUAACCAGAACAAUGGCAACAACCAGUCCAAUGGCAAUAACCAGAACAAUGGCAACAACCAGUCCAAUGGCAAUAACCAGAACAAUGGCAGCAACCAGCAGAACGGCAACAGCCAGCAGAAUGGCAACAAUCAGCAGAAUGGUAACUUGGCUAACAAUGGCCAAAAGAACAGCAAAUGCAGCAAUGACACAAUCCACUGGAAGACCAACGGCUGGAUCGGUGCCGAUAGUAACAACACCGACGACGACAACAACAACAAUGGCCACAACGAUAACCACUGCUGCUUCUGGCAAGAAGUAUCCCAAAAUCCCUUCCUAAGGCAAAUAACUGCCCAACUCUCCCAGUUCAUGGCAAACAACAAAAGAACUUUCUACCCUAACUCACCCCCACCGUCCAUCGACGCCAUCAUGACCGAGGCAAGACAGGCCAAGACGGAUUGGCGGAAAAAGGUCGACGGGAUCCAAGGCGCCCAAGUGUUGCUGGAAACCAAGAUCGGCAAUUUCAUCGGCCAAGCUCUGCAUGGCUACUUUAGUCCUUGUAUGAACCCGGAUAUCCUGGACGAGACAUACAUGAUGACGGAGCAGGACGUGGACGCUCCCGCUUCACAGUGUGUGGGUAAAUACACGGUACACUCCCGUCAUCCUAUCAUCCCAAAUGGGCCAAAGGAGCUUGAAGUCCAGAUAAAGGUGACAAAGUCGACAAUGCGGGUGGAGAUGCUGGUGUGCCCGCGCGAUACUGAUGGGUAUAACUUUGUCGGUCCUGUAGGUGCGAUGAACUGGUACCAAAAGACCCUCGUCACCCCUAUCGAAGGCUACACAGUCACGGGUCAGAUCGAUCAAGGUCCCAAGGGGAUGUAUCUGGCCUUGAUCAUGGGGCAGUCUGAACGUGCGUGGGAUUAUGUCUAUGCCAACCUUCUCAAGUGUCCACAAUGA